AUGACUAAUGUAUCAGCUAACACCUCUUCUUCUUCACUUUCAUCAAGAGCGAAAAUCUUUUCGAAUGCACAACCCAUCGCUUGGAGUUUUGCUUUUUCGGCGCAAGCUGUUGCUGUCGUCUUGGGGAAUAUGCUCGCAAUUGCACUCUUUGCAUUUAACAAGAAGCUUCGAAAAAAGAAAAGUUUAUAUCUUGUUAUGAAUAUGGCGUUUGCUGAUCUGAUGUUGGGAGGUAUCUAUCUCCCUUCUUCUAUUUUUUUCCUGGUGACUCCUGAAAACCAGGCAUCAUAUGAAAUAUCUUUUUUCCGCAAUAUCAUCUGCGCCUUUUUCUCACUGGCCUCGUCUAUUACCGCUGCUUUGAUAUCUGCUGAGAGAUUUUACGCCAUUUAUUGGCCAUUAAAGCACCGAACACUUUCUACGCGAGCAUACAGGCUUGUUAUUUUGAUGGUGUGGACGUUGGCUAUCCUGUUUUCCACGGUUUAUGUCCUACUUUUCUGGAGCCCAAUGACGUUAUACAGUUACCUGUGUUUAUACAUCUUGCUUCUCGUAUUGACUAUCUGCGGCCUCAACAUCGGUAUUUGGAGAAAGUUUAAGCAGAAAACUCCUUGUCAUCAACAAAAUAGAGCCUUUCAAAAGCAGCGCUUAACAAAAGGCUUAUUAUAUGUAUCUGCUUUUACUUUGAUUUCGUGGAUCCCUAUAUCUCUUUGCAAUUUAAUAGGCUCCUUCGGAUACAACAUACAUGACCACAUUUUGCUGUUAGCUUAUUUUAUGUAUCUUUCCAGCUCGUUUAUCAAUCCAGUGGUGUACGCAAUAAGAAUUCCUGAGAUUAAACAAGCUUUGCCUAAUGUAUGCUGUUUUAGAAGACGGGCAUUGAUUGACAGCAAAGGAAAUAUAGAAAGACUUAAUAUGGCCGCAGCCGACCAGCAAGGUUUGUAUUUCUUCUGUUUUAAAAGUCAGGAAAAUAGUAAUACAGGAAGAAAUAAUAUGGCAGCCGAUCACAAUAAUUUACAGCUCUCUUUCAAACCGCAAGUUAUGGAAGAUACAAAAUUGUGACUUAGUAGUAGUGGAAGUUCGAGAAACUGAGACUGAACCGUAUACGGGGCGGGGCCAGGUGAGCCCCGCCCUACCAUCCCUCCACGUUUUGUACGAGUGUUGAGCAUGCGUUCUUAGGGGACAACUUCGUGGAUUUUCAUAGGCAAUAUAAACAAACGACAAUACCGUAAAAUUCCGAAAAUAAGCCCCUCCAUGUAUAAGCCCCUCCAAAUAUAAGCCCCCUAAACGGGUAACGCAAAAAACCCUCCGUUACAUCACCCCUCCAAAUAUAAGCCCCCCCGGGGGCUUGUACUUGGAAAAUUACCCUCAAAUACAAAGUAAAACAAAGCAAAAACGGUAAAUUUACUUCCAACUAUAAGGUUAGCCCAAUCGAUUUAGAAAUGCAAAUUUCCCUCCGUAAAUAAGCCCCUCCGAAUAUAAGUCCCUCCAAAAAUAAGCCCCUCAAAAAGGGUCUUUGAAAAAUAUAAGCCCCGGUGCUUAUUUUCGGAAUUUUACGGUAUCUUAAAGUAGUUAUUCAAAUUUGACGAAAUGUGGCAGAAAUCUUGUUCAAAUCUCAUUUAAUCAAUGAAAGCAUCAAAUUAAAAGUUGGAAAAAGGAGUCUGAGAGAGCCUGAUCUCCAUGCGCUUUCGGCUCGUUCAAAGCUGGAAUCUACCGUGAGCUGUGACGUCACCGAAUUCCAAGACUUCGCGCGGACAAGAGGGCAAGAGAGAACACCUGGGAACUAGGCUGAAUCUGAGUCGACACAACGGGUACAUGAAUGCUAUUCAUUUAAAAAUUUUAAAAAUUGAUUAUUCCAUUUGGUUAAGUUGUUUGUUGUUUGUUGUUUUUUUGUUUUUUAAUAAAUAGAUAAGACGUACUGACUGCAAGCUGGAUGCAAAUUCAUAAGGAAAUCUAAUGGCUGGAUUUUACGUAAACCUAAUACUGAAAUUGAAAAUGUAAUGUUUGCUUUCAAUCACCUUUGUUGCCAUAAGAAAUCUAAUAAAUGUAACGUCUCAUAAAUAUAUUUUGCGCGUGCCAAAUUUAAAUGAACUUGAUAACUGCAACGAGCCUACUAUACCAGCCUAAUGAAUGGUUACCAUGCACUCAGCACCUAUCAAACUGUGUUCAGCCACGCCAAUUUUUCUUUUCUUCGAUUUAAACUGACUCGGCUUAUGUAUAGCAUUUGGGUAUUUAGCAAUCUGACUUUGUAUUGGGUAGCAUGAAAUUUAAUAAAUUGUUCGAAUACGCUGUUCAAAAAAGGUGGAUAGCGCUAUCCGACCUAUACCGAGCUGGUGCAACCAGCGGAUAACACAGUAUUAACACCAGUACAUGGCUGAAUCCGCGAGCGGGAAAAAUAAAGCCAAUCCUAUGUUCUGAUUGGCUACCCGAGCGGGCAAGCUUUCCCGCCUUAGUGCCGCAAGAAAUAGUUCUCUUUAUGGCCUUAUAGUAAAUCUUUUAUUCACCUAGCUUGGUCGGUCUUGACCUUGCUCUUGCAGGGUCUAGAUUGCUGGAUAUUGGCUUCGUUAAAGUUCAUAUCGGGGAAGUGUUGAGCAUGCGUACUUAGGAAGCAAUGCGAGAACGCUUGUUCAGUGUUGUCUUUCAUAAGCAAUGUAAUUAAACAAAUCACAAUAUCUUAAAAUCUACUCAUUAAAUUUGACGAAAUUUGGCAGAGAUUCUGUUGGAUCAUAUCGCACCUCAGUCGACAGGGCCUGAAAAUAAGCUUUGAACAAAGGCGUUUUAGGACAAAAUUAAGUUUCACAUGAAAGCUAUUUUCUUAGAAAUUUCAAAACCUGUGAAGUUUUUUUUUUAAAUUAGGGUUUUUAUUGAGUAAUUGUAAGCUUUCUGCAAACACAUAAGGAACUGUAAUGGCUGGAUCAUUUUUGCGCAAACCUAAUAAAUCCAAACUUUAAGGCUUCUUUCAAUCAUCGAUUUGUCGUAUAGCAGCGAUCGAUUUUUUACUUUUUAUAUGUCAUGUCUUUUGUCAGUGCCAAAUCUGGGCUUUACAUUUGCAACGAGUCUUAAAUAACAUCCACCCCCAAUGAAUGGUAACGAUCCGAAGCAUAUUAAACUGUGUUCAGCCACCUCGUCACACGACAUCGUUUUUCACACAGCAUGGAGGGAUAGAGGAUGAGAUACGUUUGCAGAAUACCUAGCUAUGGCGAAUGUAUCACUGAGCUGGCACAAAGUCAUUUUCAUCAGUGGCGGAAAUAUUUCCAUAGGCACAAAUCAUCGCUUGGGUUGCUUUUGUCGUUGCAAGCCGUGGUUAUUUUCAUGGGGAUUUUGCGCGAAAUUGUGCAUUUCUCUUUGCACGGCUUCUCGUGGUGCAACUGAGCUCUGUAUUUGACCAUAGACAGAGCUAUCAUUUUUUACCAAUAUUCUCAUUAUUGGGACUAUGUUUUAAUCGGUCUAUAAAUGUAAUUUAGGCACGUGAAUUUUAGCUGAUACAAUAACGUUACCCUAACUAAGGAUAACACAGGGGAACACAACGCCAAAAAGGGAAAAAAUUAAACCCCAUUUAAGGAUGGAGACCCUAAAAAAACCAUCCCCUAUCGGACAGCGCAUACCUAUCUUGCCCCAAUUUGGAAGAAUCCCCCCGGGUGGUGACAUUACUUAGCAAGCAGAUGGUAAAAAGUAUCAAUAUGGUGUAAUCUCAGUCAACAAUAAUAAAUUUUAGUUUCGACUGAAAAACAAACGCAAUUGCAUUUAUAAGACUUAUAACAAUGCUUGGUUUUAUGGCCUGGCAGUUGUAAAUAAACGUCUCCGCUGUUCCUCGUACGCCUUCAACGUAACGUUUCUAGAGAUUUAAGCAGAAAUUAAAGCAACACUGUAUUAACACCAUGCCAGUACAUGGCUGAAUCCGCGAGCGGGAAAAAUGAAGCCAAACCUAUGUUCUGAUUGGCUACCCUAGCGGGCAAGAUUUCCCACCUUAGUGCCGCAAGAAAUAGUUCUCUUUAUGGCCAUAUAGUAAAUCUUUUAUUCACCUAGCUCGGUCGGUCUUGACCUUGUUCAUGCAGGGCCUAGAUUGCUGGAUAUUGGCAUCGUUAAACUUCAUGUUGAAGAAGUGUUGAGCAUGCCCACUUAGGAAGCAAUGCGAGAACGCUUGUUUAGGGUUGUCUUUCAUAAGCAAUGUAAUUAAACAAAUCACAAUAUCUUAAAAUCUACUCAUUAAAAUUUGACGAAAUUUGGCAGAAAUUCUGUUCAUAUGGGACUUCAGUCGACAGGGCCUCAAAGUAAAUUUUGAACAAAGGCGUGUUACGACAAAAUUAAUUUUCUCAUGAAAGCUAUUUUCUUAAAAAUUUCAUAAACUGUUAAGUUGUUGUUGUUGUCUUAUUAAAAAAAUGAUGGUUUUUUACUUAGUGAUUGUAAGCUUUGUGCAAAUUCGUAAGGAAAUCUAAUGACCGGAUCAUUUUUGCGCGAACCUAAUGAUACCCUAGCCUGUUUAAGGAUGGAGACCCUGUCGGGCGGCACAUACCUGUCUAGCCCCAAUUUGGAGGAAAUCCCCGGGUGGUGACAUUACCUAGCAAACAGAUAGUAAAAAGUAUCAAUCAGUGGUGUAAUCUCAGUCAACAAUAAUGAAUUUUAGUUUCGACUGAAAAACAAACGCAAUUGCAUUUAUAAGACUAACUGAACAAUGCUCAGUUUUGUGGCGCGACAGUUGUAGAUAAACGUCUCCGCUGUUUCUCCGUUUUCUCCUUCAAAGUAACUUUUAUAGAAAUUAAAGCAAUUGCAGGAACAAUAACUAAGAAUAUGUCAGCUUCAACUUCGUCACUCAAUAAUUCCUUUUCAGCCAUGGUUAUGGACGAAUUGCUUUCUGAGGCACAAGUCAUUGCUUGGAGCUGUGCUCUUGCGUCAGAAGCUGUAGUUAUUGUCCUGGGAAACUUGCUCACAAUUGUUCUCUUCACAUUUAACAGGAAGCUGCGAAAUAAGAAAAGGUUAUAUCUUGUUAUAAAUAUGGCGUUUGCUGAUCUGGUGUUGGGAGGUGCAAGUCUCCCUUUAUUUGUUUAUUUAAUAACGGCGACUCGCAGGUUAUGUUUCACAGAAUUUCCAACAUUUUUUAUAAUCAUAUUUACGGUUUCCUCGAUGGCCUCGUUCACUACCGCUGCUUUGAUAUGUGCUGAAAGAUUUUACGCCAUUUUUUGGCCGCUGAAGCACCGAACACUUUCCACGCGAGCAUACAAGCUUGUUGUUUUGAUGGCUUGGACAUUGGCUAUCUUAUUUUCUACGGUUUAUAUAUUGCUUUUCCGCUUGAGUCUGGGAGGUUUUUUCGCUUUCGCUACUUUAUACGGCUUGUUACUAAUUGUGACUAUCUGCAGCCUCAACAUCGUUAUUUGGAGAAAGAUGCAGCAAAAAUCUGUUCCUUGUCACCAAAACAGAGACAUGCAACUCCAGCGUUUAACGAAAGCCCUGUCAUUAGUAUCUGUUGGUACUUUGAGUUCUUGGAUCCCCGCAAUUAUUAUUAAUUUUUUAAGAUUUUUCGGUCAAAACAUAUCU